AUGAAGGACGAUGAGAUAUUGAAGGAGGAGAGAGUAGAGGCCGGGAUAAGGGAAGACGAAUUCGGGGAGAGAGUCGGUGACACCGAGAAGGAAGCAGACGGCGUAAUGGACGGUAGAACGGAGGGCGAAAUGGAAGGCGAAUUGGACAGCGAGAGAGAUGACAACGGGGGCGCUCUGCUCAAAGUCGAGCUGGCCGACAAAGGCACAGAACUGUUGCUAAUGGAUAUGGAUGAAGCGGACGGCACAGAGGCGGACAAAGACGAAGAAACCGACCAAGACACCGGCACAGACGACGACGUGGCAUUAAAGAGUGGCUGGACUCCGCCGCUGGUCGGGAUCGAUGGAGAGACUGAAGAAGUAGUGGUACUGAUGCUCGACGUCAGGGUGGCGCCCGACAAGUCGGUGGACGACGACGUGGAGGCACUGCUGGUUGAGUUGGGCCAGCGAGGAGGCGACGACGACGAAAACGGCAAGCCAGACGGCGAUGCACUGGGGGAAUAUGCAGUGGACGUGGACGAGAACGAGGAGGCCGACGAGAUGAACGACAAAGUGGUCGAGUUGGCUGGUAAAGAAACCGAGAGAGUGACGAACGUAGAGGGCACCGACGACCAGGACACGUGCGGGGACGACCAGGACGACGCAGACGAUGAGAGCCUGCUCGACGAGACGAGUGCCGAUGACGACGGCGACGGCGAUUCCGACGCACUCGCAGGCGUCAGAGUCGACACAGUCGUCAGAAGCGUGACAGUUGUAAUUGUGGUGAACUCGGUGACCGUCGUCUCGGAAGCAGACGAAGACGAAGCCGACGACGGCGAGACAGGAGAAUGCGAGGUCGGUGAAGACGACGCGGUCACCGUGUGGGCCACAGCAACAGUGGUGUUGAAUGUCACGCCUGGCUGA